GAUGCCACCGUGCUCUUUCCAGUGGCAAUCCCGCCGGUCAAACCGACCAGAAACAUUACGCUGAGAAAUGGUAGUGCAAUAUGUGCAGUCACGAUUAGCGGAAAAGGAAUAGCCUGCACACCUUCACAUCACAUCAUCGCCAUCUUGCUAUGUGUACGCAAUCAUCAUCAUCAUCAUCCUAUAUAUAUUCUCGUUCCCAAAGGCUUUUUUAAUGAACUUGCGGUGGUGCUUGCUUCCCGUGUUGAAUGAGAAAAGGCACCCAACCAAAGUAUGAUGGAACUGCGUAGGUUACAGUCGCUCACGAGUCUGUUUAGCCGGCCAGGUGUGAGUAACGUUGCUAGAAAGAGCCAGCCAAAAGUAUUUCGUGAACUCGAAAAUGAGCAUUUCCACCAAGUUAUGGAGCGUUUACCGGCAUACAGACAAACCGUUGUUGCUAAGCCGACUAGAGAAAAUGUGGGUGCGAUGCUCUCUUCCGAAAAUACGUGGCCGUUCAACGAAUUCCGCGACGUCUCUCUUCUAACCCAAGGUUCGUUCUGGGACAUCGAAAACAAUGCGCACACGUAUCUGACGCACCAAAUCUCUAGGAAGGUGCAUUUAGCCAAACGAGACCAAUUGAAAGACUGUCUUCUUUGUCUUAGCCUGUGGCCACAAACGCCGGGCACGACGACCACAAAUUUCAUGCAACUGUGGAAUGCAUUAGAUCGGGAAUGUACAAAACGUUCUUUAGGCUGGACACCACAGACGCAACUGCUUUUUGCGGACUGUUUCUUUCAUUUGCGUUUGAGCAGGAUAACUGCUUACAACCGCACGACGCUUCGUAACCUUGCCAAGUCCCUCCACGAGCUCCCAGUGCACAAUGUCGUACAAUACUUAUUCUUGAGCAACUUACAGCGGUGGAUGGUCGCGUCUGCGGAUAAUAUCCUGCAAGAUCAUCUCCAAACUCUGAUAGCACAGAUGAGCAUGGAGGAAAUUGGAAUCGUCUGCCAAGGAUAUUUUAAGUGUAAGAAGCCAAUACGUAACAAAGCACUCCUGAAGGCUGUUAUAGAAAAGACUAUUGGGCAGGUUCCCAACAUUUCCAGCACUGCCAUGUGUGCCAUUGUAAAAGAAGCUCGAUACAGCAGCAGUGCAACGCAACAUGUGGAUUCCUGCAAAGCACUCUUGCAUGCGUGCCAGCCGCACAUAAAACACUGGGAUGUGCCGACAAUUGUCCAGCUGUAUAAUUUGGCAUCAAGUCUGCGAAUUUUCCAGCCGGACUUUCUUCUAGCAGCCAGGAGCCACAUAUCAUCAAAGUUGGACACAAUUCGACUUAAAGAAAUCUCAAAAUUACUCUAUGGGCUAGCAAUUUUUGGCUCUGAGGAUGAGGGCUUUUACGAGGCAGUGUCCCAAGAACUACAGGAACCAAAACGUGCCCAAGAAAUUGAAAGAUAUCACCAUUGUCUCGUCUCUUCUGUCUGGUACCUAGCGCUUCAGGGAUUUUAUCAAAGCGAUUUGAUAAGACUCGCACUCGAUGAAAGCAAGAUAAAUAUGGACAGCCAUCACGGCAGCAUCAAAUUUGAACUAGCGGGCCUGCAUCACUCAGUUUAUAUUGAAUCUCCAACAUAUAGAGGCCCACUUUUAAGUGGAGACACGUUGAGAUGCUGCUUGCAAGCUCCACAUAAUGAAUACAUUGGAACGAUGCAAGAACGGCUCACAAAAGAAAUUUACGACUCUCUCCAGAGGCUGUGCGGACAAGGUGCACGUAUUGUUAAGAUACUCCCCCAUAUGCAUUGCCCGGACAUUGUUUUUGAUAUUCAUGUUGAGAAGAAAAGUAUAAGUGAAGCCAAACUCCAGAAGCUAGCAUAUGGAAUUAUGAAGCCUGAGAAUGAGGCUUGUGCUGUAGUUGUCCAGGGUAAAUCUUCUUUCUGCCAUGAUUCACGACGUUUGAACGGUAUUGCACGCGCUAAAGUCAGGCAACUCAGAUGUUUAGGAUUUUCAGUCAUUCAAGUGCCCUAUUUUGAGGCCAACCACUUCUCCAGACUGUUGGAAGAAAUUCUUGGCUCAUCGCUACGACUGCAGUAAUCUUAUGUCCGUUUCCUCAGUUGCAAGAAAGUAAGAGACAAGCAUCAUAAUCACAUUUUAUUUUUGCCCCAAGAUACUACAGCAGCAAGGAUAGUUGAAGAGAAAACGCAUGCCCCCAAUUAAUUGUCAGCAUACUCCGCUACCAAAUCACUUGGAAAACAGUUGUGUCAACCUCAUAAACAUGAUGCUAAUGUGCAUGACAAAACAGCAGAAAAAUUGUGCUGUCAGUUGACUGAAUUCUGUCUAUACAAAUGAAUUAAAAGCAUGAUGAGUUUAAAGAAAACAUCUUUAAGAGGCAAAGCUGUGACAAUCACGUUAUCAGAGAUGGACUGUCAAUGGCUGCUUUUCUGUUGUUCUUGGAUUUAGCCACCACUUGCUUCUGCAGUGCACGGAGCUUGUUCUGUGGAAGAGCAGCAUGUGUUAAACAUAUCAUCUAAAACAAGACCCAAACAGGUUCCAUUCUCUGCAUGUCCGCUUUAUUGCGCGUCACAAUUGUCCAGAUUGGUUUAUGCGUUGAAGAGAAAAAAAUGGUUACUUCUGCCUGGAAUGCAAAGACCCGCCAAAAUGUGCCAUUUUCUCUAGUCCUUUUUCUUGUCAGCUCCGUGUCGCAGGUUUAUUCUGUCAGUGUAAGUCCACAACUUAUUUCUUUAUUCAUUUAUCUAGAUAUAUGCACUCUCGGUUAUUCAGUGUUGAACAAAAAAAUUAAUGCAUUCGAUGAUAUGUACGGGGCAAUACGCAACAAUUUAAUUUAAAUGUAAUGCAAUUUAGAAACUGAUCACUCAACUAUUAGGUGGCUUUAUGCUUGUUCCUUAGAUUCCUUUUUUGCAUAUUGCCUAGGAUAUUUCCAGCAAAGCACAAGUGCACUUAAAAGCGAGCGACCAGCAACACAGGACGGUGGAGCACCUGGUGGAUUUAUCGUGCAUCAUGAAUACAGUGGGCGUGUAGGUGCUUAAAGUGCAAAAACUAAUUUGUAUAGUUGACUACCACGGUGUAUCUCAUCUUUUCCCACGCAUCUUGCCAUGAGGGCUGGGGCAAGAUGAGAUGAUCCGCAUUUUAUAAUUUCUCGCUCCGUGCUUAUUUUAGAACCAGUUAAAAAUUGCAUAUUCAAUCGCAAAUUUCUGUCUCAUCUUGCCCCAGUAAGACUCUUAUGACACAACAGCAUGUUAAAUGAUGAUGUCACACGCUUGCAGACAAGAGUAUUUCACCUGGGACUGCAUAAAAACAUCAUCCCCUGGCUGGUAUAUGUACAAUAUUACCUAAAUUAUUUGCGCAAUAACUGAGGCGACAGAUGACAAAGCUCUACUCGCAUCAGAAGAGCUUCAUGUUUUGUAGUCUUAGUUUCAAUCCCAUGUAGUCGCCAUAACAGCCACUAGGAAUGAAAUGAAUCCUUCCCUGGUUAAUGCUGUUGGUUCUGGAAACACAACGAGGAGCUUAUCUGUGGCCCACGUUCGGCCCCAGGAUUACUCUCGAGCAACCUUGCUUUCUGCUCGGCAAAGAGCGUCAAAU